AGGUUGUUUCCAGUUUUCUGCUAUUAUCUAUGACAUAGCAACGAACACCCAUCCUUGCCUAUGUAUCUUUUCACGUGUCCAUGAUUGUUACCUGGAGAAAUGUCUAGAAAUGGGAUCACCGAGUCAAAGGAGGAGGGAACUAUGCGUACUCUAUCCAAUCUGACACAGACACUGGAAGAUGUCUUCAAAAGGAUUUUUAUUACUUAUAUGGACAAUUGGCGAAGGAACACUACUGCUGAGGAAGAGGCCCUGCAAGCCAAAGUUGAUGCUGAGAAUUUCUACUAUGUCAUCUUGUACCUUCUGGUGAUGAUCGGAAUGUUCUCCUUCAUUAUUGUAGCCAUCCUGGUGAGCACGGUGAAAUCCAAGAGACAAGAACAUUCCAACGAUCCUUACCACCAGUACAUUGUUGACGACUGGCAAUUGAAGUACAAGAGCCAAAUUUUGAAUCUCGAAGAGCCAAGGGCCACCAUCCACGAGAACACUGGUGCAACAGGGAUCAAAAUAUCUCCCUCAUAAGUGAGGAAGGCGUAAUGCCAACUCUGACAUCCAGAUGUAAAGAGAUGCCAGUGCCAUGGAGCAAACUCAAAUUGUCAUUGCUAUGAAGACAAUAAGUUCCUCACUUUCUGCUGAGAAUUUUCAUGGAGUUCAUGGGCUUGGUCAACUAAGACAGAUGAGGUUUCAAUCUCAGUGAUCCAUGCUUCUCAUUGGAGCCGAUUCAUGCUAAAGUCUUCUUUUACUUUCUAUGCAAUGUAAAUGUCAUUUUAAUCGAUGACAAUAGUGAAAAUAAAGGCCAGAUUUGAAGUCAAGUGCCUGAGCAGUGGCAGUGAGGAAAUAAAGGAGAGAUUAACAAGUCAUUGAAUGUUCUUUCUCAUCAAACCUUAUUUUAUAUGUGACUCGUUCAAUUUAUAAAUAACCUGGAUGUGGUAUCCAGAAUUUGAGGUUCAAAAAUCUAUCACUUGCUCAUUGGAUUAACAAAGGAGUACUUAUUUAAUUCAUGAAUGUAGUAUCUGAAGGGAUGAAUGAACAUAAUCAGGGGGUUACUUUAUGUGCACUGUUUUCCUGGCAUUUUGCUUAUUUGGAAGUAUGAAGACAAAACAAGUGUUUUACAAGGGCAAUUGUAAAACCAGAGAAGUAGAAUCUUUAAGAACCAUCCUGCAAAAGAAACAUUCAUAAAUGAACAUUUAAAGUUUCACAGAAAACUAACUUUUAAAACUUCUUA